AUAAGAAAGCUUAUUGAUACCGGCAACCGGCGGAUUUCAAAAACCUGCCCAUCACAAAACGCUCAGUUGCUGUUUGACAACGAACCGUAUCGGUACGAAGGCCACAGAAAAAAAAUGUGGCGUUUCGAAGUUUAUUUUAUCGCACUUGCAAUCGCGACGAUAUCCUCCCAGCCUUUUAAUGGAACUGCGGGUCAGAAUGGAACCAUAACGAAUGUUACUCAUAUCACUCACAUCACCCACGUGCAGCAUGUUAUCCAUGUUCAUAACGGAACGAACCUGACGGUUCCGCAGCCGUUCGAUUCCGCCAACAGUUUACCACCGCUUGCAACGGUUCCCACUCAACUACCAGCGAUGAGUAACCCCAACGUGACCUUGCCGAUGCCUUUCAACCCGGAAAACGCUCUACCCCCUCUGGCCACGACUCCACCAUCGGUAAUAUCUGGGAUUCCGCUGUACAAACAUCCGCACUACGAUUCGACCGGCAAGCCUUUGUGGUUCCCUCGCAUCAUCGGAGGCACUCCGGCCACCCUAGGUGAAUUCCCCUCCAAGGUAUCGCUGCAAACUACACAGAACUCAGCACACUUCUGCGGUGGAACGCUCCUCUCCUUAAGACACGUCCUGACUGCCGCGCACUGCAUUACCGACAUCCAGGGAAUUCCGAUGAGUGCUUCUCGGAUCCAAGCGAUGGCCGAUGACCUGAACGUGCUUCCCAAAAUGGGAAGUGCCACGCGACAGGUGCGUCAGGUCAAGUCUUUAAACAUCCACGACAAGUACAACCCGACGACCUUGGCGAAUGAUUUGGCCCUAGUCAGCUUGGUCAGUGAGUUUACCAAGACGAACAGCCUGUACCCGUCGAAGCGUGCUUCUAGUGCGCCACCGCCCGGGCAGCUUUGUAGCCUUGCCGGAUGGGGUGUCGUUGUGGAGAACUCUCAGACUAUCAGUCCCUCGCUGCAGAGGGUCAACCUGGAGGUGAUUUCGUUCCAGCAUUGCAAUGCCGCUUAUCAGGGGGCGCUAGUCAAGGGCAUGAUGUGUGCCUCUGCUCCGGGGCGUGACGCCUGUCAGGGGGAUUCCGGUGGGGCGCUGAUUUGUCAGAAUCGAGUGGCCGGAGUGGUUAGCUUCGGGUCCGGCUGUGCGCAUCCCACAUACCCGGGAGUUUACAUGGAUAUUACUCAUUACGAGAAGUGGAUUGGGAAGGCGUUGAGUGGGGCGCAGAGUUUGGUGCAAGGGGCUUCCUUGACCUUGCUGGUAGCAUUGGUGGUGACGGUGAAAAAUUUUCUAAACUGAGCGCAAAAUUUGCUUAGUUAGCUGUUGUUAAAUAGUUAUAAAGUCUAGAUAUUUAGAUAGAAAACUAAUGCUCAAAGUAAAGUUUGAAAAAUUA